CUCGCGCCGCGGACGCUCGCGCACACGCGGACACCCACGCUGCUCCCAGACAUAGCCGAGCACUCUCCGAACCCGGACUCCGAGACGCGCACGCCGUCGCCCGAUCCGUCCGCGGGGAGUGGUGGGCGGGCGGUGCGGUCUGUCUCCGUUGCAUCGUUCAUGUCGGACGGCACGAUCGAGAUCGAAGGGUUCGGCUUCGACACGAUCUCGGAGUUUGGCGAUGACAGCUCCGUGUGGGGCGGGGAGUCGAUGUAUGAAGGGAGUGUGUAUGAUGGUCAGGAGGGAUCCGGUGAACCCGAUAUCUCGCGCCGCGCGGAAAAGGUCCUCGCCAGCGCAAAGAGGAGGCUCGAUCUCUGUGGCCAGAAUAUCUCCCGCGCCAGGAGCUCGCUCAUUCUGUCGCCGUCGGCGACGCCGAAUGCGCUCCUGGAGCAUUUGGACGCUGUGGGCCCCGUGGUCAGGAGGAGAGCGGAGAGUGCGGGAGGCGCGAAUUCGCCGCAUUGGAGGUAUAAUAAUGCCAGGACAGGGAAUGAGGAGCGCGGGGUGACGGCGACGGGCAUGGCGCACGUCAGGACGGCGAGUGAGAGUGCGGUUACAGAUGCGCGCUCGUUGGGCAUCGGGAGGUCGUUUGGGGACUUGAGGGGGCUGUCGGAUCUGGUCGAGGACCCGCGCGAGACGGAUAAGCAGCAGCAGCAGCAGCCGGCGCGCACGGUCAGUAGGUGUAACAGCGCGCAGCAGAUGCGCGCGUUGAGGGAUCAGAUGAAGGAUCUGCGCGGCAAGAUUACAACAUUGCAGGAGCAGACCAAGACCGUGAAGGGGCGGCAGAGCGGAUCUUCGCUACGCUCGAGUUCGACGCCCGGAUCCGGAUCCGGAUCGGAAGAAACCACUCCGAAAUGGUCGCCGACAUCGCCGAAUCUGGAGGAGAUCCGUGAGAGCAGAGCGUUGAAUAUACACACUACGAUCGAGCAGGAGUGGGAGCACGUGGCGACCCAGCGGUCGUCCAGCCAGUACUCCGUCGACGGAUCGGAUUGCUCUGGGACCCCGACCGGGCCUCGGCGGGAGGAGGUCAACUCUCCGGUCUUUGCACGCCAGGAGAUCCGCUCGGAUGCUUUCUCGUAUGAUAAUUACUUGUUUGGGGAGUCGUUCUUCAAGGGCAUUCGACCGGCCUCCCUGAGCAGCGACGGGACCGAGUCGACGGCUACAGCCACGCUCCCUCCCCUCGACCCGCCGCGCCUACUCGAGAGGAAGGACUCGUUCGUAUCGAUAUCAUCAUACGCCACGGCAGACGAAGAUCGGGAAGAUUCCGCACGAGCAAGCCCCAGCCUGGCGGACCAACUCCUCCAGCUGCGCGCCCCCUCGAGCACACCAACGAUACCAGGAGGAUGGCUGACCGCCAGUUCGCCCGGCGACGAUGGGUACCACUCAGCACCGCACACUCCCCACGUCGACAAGGAGCUUCCGCAGACCCCAUCCGACGAACCACCGCCUCCGGUAGCGGCAUCCUCAUGGUACCGCGAAUCCGUGGACACUACAAAGACGCAAUCGAUGUUCAUCUACGAGGAUGAUUCCGACGUUGAGGGAGGGGGGGAAGGAGGGCAUGGCGGCGGAGUACCUUUGACGAUCGCCACGUCGACAAGAGACAGCCAGACAAUGGUGGUCGGCGGCAUGGGCGUCGGCGGCAAAGAAGAGGUCGAGUUGCGGAUUGGCCGCUCGGACCGCGUGCUGAUUGAGGGCGUCAUCGAGGCGCUGGGACGGGUGUGCUGCGCUAUGGAAUCGGAGGGGGAGAGGUCGCGGUCGGAUCUAAGGGAAAGACUGCGCGAGGCUAUGAGAGUCCUCGAGGGCGAUGAUGGGGAAAUGUUUUGAUUCGAAGUUGAUACCAUUUGAUUUGAUUUGUUUAAUUUUGCUUUGGAGUUGGGCUGUACUGCUGGGAGUUCGCAUUUUCUAUUUUCCUUUUCCGUUUCCUUUUCCUUUGUGCGGG